GUCUGUGCGUCAUGGCCGUUCGCGCCGCACGGGUCUUCUCUUCCGCUCGGCCCCAGAAAGUUUCGGUUCUGCCCGGCCGUGGACCCACGAGCGUGAGCCACCAUGGAGUCUGACCUCUGCUGACCAGACAGCCACGGAGGGCCGAAAUUCUAAGCCUUUCUCCAGACUCAGGAAGGAGGCACACAGCCAAGAAAGGCAGCCUGCAGCCCUCACCAUGACUUCCACUGCUGCAGAGAGCCAGCUCCAGAGAAUUAUCCGUGAUUUGCAAGAUGCUGUGGCAGAACUAAGCAAAGAAUUUAAGGAAACAGGGGAACCCAUCACAGAUGACAGCACCAGCUUGCAUAAGUUUUCUUACAAACUUGAGUAUCUUCUACAAUUCGAUCAGAAAGAGAAGGCCACCCUUCUGGGCAACAAGAAGGACUAUUGGGAUUACUUCUGUGACUGCCUGGCCAAAGUGAAAGGAGCCAAUGAUGGGAUCCAAUUCGUCAAGUCUAUUUCAGAGUUCCGAACAUCUCUGGGGAAAGGAAGAGCAUUUGUUCGCUAUUCCUUGGUGCACCAGAGGUUGGCAGACACCUUACAGCAGUGCUUCAUGAACACCAAAGUGACCAGUGACUGGUACUAUGCAAGGAGCCCUUUUCUAAAGCCAAAGCUGAGCUCUGACAUUGUGGGCCAACUCUAUGAGCUGACCGAGGUCCAGUUUGACCUGGCAUCAAGGGGCUAUGACUUGGAUGCUGCCUGGCCAACGUUUGCCCGGAGGACUCUGGCUACUGGCUCUUCUGCUUACAUGUGGAAACCCCCUAGCCGAAGCUCCAGCAUGAACAGUUUGGUGAGCAACUACCUGCAGACUCAGGAGAUGGCCUCCAGCUUUGACCUGAACAGCCCUUUACGUAACGAGGCACUGGAGGGCUUUGACGAGAUGCGGCUGGAGCUGGACCAGUUGGAGGUGCGGGAGAAGCAGUUGCAGGAGCAAAUGCAACAGCUGGACAAAGAGAACCAGGAGCUUAGGGCAACUGUCAACUUGCAGGGAGAGCAGCUGCAGAUGGAGAGGGAGAAGGGACGUGUUGCAGCUGAGGACAAUGUUCGCCUCACUUGCUUGGUGGCCAAGCUCCAGAAACAGUGGGAGGUCACCCAGGCCACCCAGAGCACUGUAAAGGAGCUGCAGGAGUGUCUACAGGCCCUGGAGCUGGGUGCAGCAGAGAAGGAGGACCUUCACUCAGCCCUGCAGCAACUGGAGUCCACACUCCAGCCCCUGAUGCAAGAACUCGAGGCCGCAUGGGACUCACUGCAUGGGACUCACCAGCAUUUAGCCAGUUUCCCAGCCCGGCUGGCCAUAGCCGAGCAGAAGGCAAAUAUAGCACUGGACACAAAAGGGCAGCAAGAGCCCGUCUUCAGUGACUCAUCCCUAGAGAUCCAGGCGUUGUGGGAGAAGCUUCGAACCCUAGAAAGGGAAAGCACUAAAGUCCAGAUGCUCAAUGGGCAGCAGAGUGCCCAGCUGGAGCAGCUGACCAAGGAGCUACAGCUGAAGGAGGAGGCCCGGGCUGACCUGGAACGCUUGGUGAAGGAAUUGGCACCACUCCGGGAAGAGCUAUCCAGGAAGGGACAGGAGGCAGCCGAGCUCCAACAACAGCUGCAGGAGUCACUAGCCCACUUGAGCUCCUUAGAGGAGGAGCUGGUGGAGGUGAGGCGGGAGGAGCAGCAGUGGCGGGAGGAGAAGGAGCUGCUGGAGCAGGAGACCAAGUCUCUAACAAGGCAGCUGCAGUUCCUGGAAUCCCAGCUGUCACAUGUGAGCCAGCAUGUGAGUGACCUGGAGGAGCAGAAGCAGCAGCUCAUUCAGGAUAAAGACCACCUCAGGCAGAAGGUGGGGGAGCUGGAGCAACUUGCUGGACAGCCAGGCCCAGAGCCACCUGUGGCAGGUGAGAGGAGUGAGGCGCUGGCCCCCCUGCACUCAACCCUUCCACAGACCUGUGAGAAGCCAGAGGAGGAACAGAGAGGCCUGCAGGAGGGACAGAUCAGUGAUACCAGUGUGCAAGGGGGUGACCAGGAGGAGAUGCUCCGUCAGGCCAACAAAGAGCUGGAGAAGGAGCUGCAGAAUGUUGUUGGGCGCAAUCAGCUCCUGGAAGGCAAGCUGCAGGCCCUGCAGGCUGAUUAUCAGGCCCUGCAACAGCGGGAGGCAACCAUCCAAGGCUCUCUGGCCUCUCUGGAGUCAGAGCAGGCCAACAUCCGGCACCUGGGCAACCAAAUGGAGGCAAGCCUCUUGGCUGUGAAGAAGGCUAAGGAGACCAUGAGGGCCAAGGUGGCAGAGAAGGAGGCUGCUCUGCAGAGCAAGGAAAGUGAGUGCCAGCAACUGCGGGAAGAGGCAGAAAAGUGCCGACAGCUAGUAGAGGUCCGGGACAGGGAGUUCAGGACCCUUGAGAGUCAGUGCCACCAGCAGACCCAGCUGAUUGAGGUGCUCACAGCAGAGAAAGGUCAGCAGAGGCUCAGCCCACCGCAAGAUGACAGCCCAUCCCAUGAGCUAGCAGCUCAGCUGGCCUUGUCUCAGGCACAGCUAGAGAUCCAUUGUGGGGAGGCCCAGCGGCUACAGGCUGAGGUGGUGGACCUCCAGGCCAAACUCUUGGCAGCCCUGGAUGACCGGGAGAAGGUACAGAGCCAACUGGGUGUGGCUGAGGCUGUUUUGAAGGAGCACAAGGCCCUGGUGCAGCAACUGAAGGAGCAGAACGAAGCCCUCAAUAGGGCCCACGUCCAGGAACUGCUGCAGUGCUCAGAGCGUGAAGGGGCACUGCAGGAAAGGGCCAGUGGUGCCCAGCGGAGGAAGGAGGAGCUCUGGGCCCUGCAGGAAGAGCUGACCCAGGUAAAACGAGGCUCCGAGGAGGCCCAGCUAGAGCACACUGAGCUGCAGGAGCAGUUGCACAGGGCCAACACAGACACAGCCGAGCUUGGCAUCCAGGUCUGCGCACUGACUGCAGAGAAGAAGCAGUUGGAGGGGGCACUGGCCUGUGCCACCCGGCAGCUCCAGGAUGCCACAGAGGCAGCCCUAAGGGAGCGAGAGGGUCUGGAACACCAAGUGGCAGGGCUGCAGCAAGAGAAGGAAAGCUUGCAGGUUAAGCUGAAGGUGGCCAAGGAGGCAGCUGGCUUACUGCCUGGCCUACAGGCCCAGCUGGCCCAAGCUGAGCAGCGAGCCCAGAGCCUCCAGGAUGUUGCACACCAGGAGCUCGACACCCUCAAGUUCCAGCUGAGUACCGAGAUCAUGGACUACCAGAGCAGGCUUAAGGCUGCCAGCGAAGAGUCUGAGAGCCUUAGGGGCCAACUUAAGGAACUAAGCCAGCAGCUGCAGAACUCCGAGGAGGCUGUGGGGAAGCUGAAGGCCAUCCAAGCAGAUAUGGGAGAGAAGCUGAGAUGCACCAGCAACCAUCUUUCAGAGUGCCAGGCAGCCAUGCUGAUGAAGGAUGAGGAGGGGGCUGCCCUGCACGAAAACCUGGAAAGGACCCAAAAGGAACUUGAAAAGGCCACAACAAAAAUCCAAGAGUAUUACAACAGACUCUGCCAGGAGGUGACAGCCCGGGAGAAGAAUGACCAGAAGAUGCUUGCUGACCUGGAUGACCUGAACAGAACCAAGAAGUACCUUGAGGAACGGUUGAUAGAGCUGCUCAGGGACAAGGAUGCACUCUGGCAGAAGUCAGAUGCCCUGGAAUUUCAACAGAAGCUCAGUGCUGAGGAGCGAUGGCUUGGGGACGCCGAGGCGAACCACUGCUUCGACUGCAAGCGGGAGUUCAGCUGGAUGGUGCGGCGGCACCACUGCAGGGUAUGUGGCCGCAUCUUCUGCUACUACUGCUGCAACAACUACAUCCUGACCAAGCACAGUGGCAAGAAGGAGCGCUGCUGCCGGGCCUGUUUCCAAAAGCUCAAUGAAGGCGCCAGCUCCCCCGACAGCACCAGCUCAGGCACCAGCCAGGGAGAACUCGGCCCCAUGUUGUCACCAGCCCAAGCUGGGCUCCAGGCCGCUGGAGGCCAAGGCACAAACACAGACUGCAGGCCACCAGACGACGCCGUGUUUGACAUCAUCACGGAUGAAGAACUGUGCCAGAUACAGGAGUCCGGCUCCUCCUUACCUGAAACUCCCACCGAAACCGAUUCUCUUGACCCAAACGUGGCCGAACAUAGGAACGAAAACAGAAGGUGCUCUGACCACUGACAGAAAGUGUGUUUUCGGCCAUGGGAAAUCAGGAACCGUUCCAGGGAAAAGAAACUACCAGUAUGCUGACCCAAGGCUUCCAAGGCAGAUCUGGGACUGGCUAAUGGGAACCUGCCAUCCCCUGAACUUCAUCUAUUUCGGUGAAGAGCAAACCCUCCAAGUCACAUAGGGGCCUGCAUCAUCAGAUACCUGUUUUGUAUGUUAGCUUGAGAUAAACCCAAGCAUCCCUGGUAACUUAUUCUUACAUUUAUUUCCCUUCCUAAGCUUAAGACUCAAUAGAAAAAGCCAGGAGUCUGAGAAAAUGAAAAUAUAGAGCCCUGAAAUUGUAUGAGCAUCCUGAUAGGAAACUUAGAGGGAAAAAAUAAGCAAAUCCAAGGCAAAAGGUGAUGCAGAAGGAAUGAAACACUGUUUAAAUCUAAAUCCAUGAGGGAAUUAGGCUGCUCAGUGUUAAGAACUGAGCUGAGAGAGGGCUGAGCUGAGGUGCCAGGUGUUGAAAGUCGCCAGUUAAGACAAUUAGGUUAAAAAGAAGUAGCUGUUAAACCUUUAAUUACUUACUGUGAUAACAUAAGUGAGAGGUUAACUUGGAGAAAAGUGGUGCUGCCCUAUUCUGAUUUCCCCCAGGAAUGACCACCAGGUGAGGGUCAGAUGGAUCAGCACAGACAUGGGGGGUACAUCUGACUGCUGAGGGAGCCCCGAAGAAAAGGCUCCUGCAUUUAUGGACCAGGGGCUAGGGCAGGGGGCAGGCAGCUAGAAGUAGAAAAGUAUUAUAUACUGAGUCAUAAUGGAGAAAAAUGUCUUCAAGGCCUCUUUCUUCCCCCUCCCCCGUAAGGUCUCAGCAGAGGCACCUGAGGAAGGUCUCGGGUUAGGAAUGCAGGUAUGUGAGUGUCCUUGACAGCAAACCCCCUUCAGGGACUACAGUGCACUGGCUGUGCACCGAGUCUGUGUGGGGAGGCAGCCUUCCCCUGUGAGGCCUGUGGGUAAAGCCUUUCUGAUUGCCUGUGGUCGGGCCUGAAGGAUCACAAGUAGGAUUUUGGCCAGGAGACAGACUCCUCACUUGGAAGGGAUUCUGUUGGAAAAAAAUUGUUGAAGCACCUUCCCUGUACCAGUUGCUUUUACACCCGACCUCACUUAUUCCCUACACAAUCCUUUAAGGAGUAGGGAUUAUUGUCCCAUUUUACAGGUAAAGAUACUAAAGCCUCAGGAAGUCAGGAAACUUGUUCUAGGUCAUGUGGUUGUGUCCAAACUAGGCUUUGCACCCAGGACUCCAUCCUCCAGUCCAUAGCCUUUGAGGUUCAUUUUGAAGAGUUCUGCUCUCUUCUCCUGGUCCCCAGUUCCCACAGGCACAUUCCAAAGUACCCACCUUCCCCUGUCCCCAUGUCUACCCCUCCCCACACAUACACAUUCUUAGGGCUAAGGAAGUUACUUGCCUUUCCCCUCCUGGCAGGGAAGGGAUAAGAAGAAGUCCCCAAAUGCAGCCUUGCAGGGAGACCUGGCAGGAUGCUGCAGACUCCCUAAGGGACCUCUCUGUGGCCUGCCAUGCAUGGCUUAGAGCUCGGACGGUGAUGUGAAGCAGGAGCACAGCCCCUCACUUCUGGGGAAAAGGUGAUAUUCUUCAAAAGUCCCCAGACGCAUCCAUACAUAUCUCCUCCUUAGUUGUCCAGGCCCACCCUUAGCCAUCUCCAUUGACCAAGUGUCCAGCUGUUGUCAGGACUGGGGUGGCAGGCAGAGAAGGAGAGCAAACUCUUGUCAGCUGGUAAACUGGGCCAGUAGGGGUACUGGGCUUUGGUUCCCUUGGCCUCUGGUCAGCCUCCACCCAGUCAUGGCUUCCUCAAGGCCUGGUUUCCCUUUCUGGUUCCAGAUGAGCAGACUGUAUGGUGGGGAAGAGCUUGAGCUCCAGAAUCAGUCGCACCUGGUCAGAAUCCCUUGUCUGCCACCACCACGUUCCAUGACUUAGGGCAGUGCAGUCUCCCUGAACCUGUACAGAAGAGGCAGAAACAGCACCCACCCCCUAGCUAAUGAGAGUGAUGUGUAUGAAGCACUGAGCCCAGUGCUGGCUCCUGGAAGGCCAUAUGUAGAGGUGUGUUGUGAUGUUGGGUAGCCAAGCUGUGCAUGUCUAUUGCUGCAUGUCCCAUACCUUGCACCUAAUAGCCCAGCAGCCUUCUAGAGGAAAGUCAUUGGCCUUGCGUGAACUUAAACUCACCCACAGAGACUGUCCCUGAAUGGCCUCAGUAUCUUUUGCCAGUAAUUGCAUCAGAAUUGGCACUUUGUGGUCGUAGUCUUUUAGGGGAGCUGUGGUGGAUUUGUCACCAUCAAGGAGAGUUGACACCUGAUGUCUUAGAAACAAAGCAAGAACAGGAUAUGGUGAUAAUGGUUAAGGUUUGAAAGCCACCUGGUGCUUGGGUUAACCCAAAGUCCCCACCUUUAGAGGAGUGUAGAGUUGACAGGUACCCAGCAGUCCAUCAGCUGCUUGAAACCUGUAGCCACCAUUGCAAGGCCAAGACAGAGUCUGUUCACUGGGGUUGUAAGCCUAGCUCCACUCUGUGAACUUCAGCAGGUAUUAAUCUCUUUGGACUAGAUUGCUCUUCUGAAAAAUGAGGGUGAUAUUCCCAGCCCUCCUUCGAAGCAGUGUUAUGAGUUACCAGGAACCACGAAGGAGGUGAUGCCCUGAAGAACCCCUUGGAGGAGAAGGCUGGAGUGACCACCCUGACCAUUCCUGUCCCCGUGCUCUUUUCUCUGCCUUCACCUCUCCAGUGGGGCUUCUUCAGGUUUUUCUCUCCUGUGGCACCAUCUCAUCAGUCUAGAGCACUCACUGAGAACACCUGGGCUUUUGGCUCCCAAGUAGCCCCUGAAAUUGGUGUCACCCUGUGUUUGCACUCAGAUGAUGUAGGCCAUUGUAGACACUGCUGUGUGCUGUAUCUCUUACAGGCAGGACUGGAUAAGCACUCACCACCCCCCACCCCCCACCCCCCGGGUAUCAAGAACAUGGUCAGGGAAGAGCAUGUUCUUCACCUGAAGACCCUGAGGCCACACGCAGGCAGUCUAAACUCAAACAGGGCCCACACUUGGCCUGGCUGCCCUUCUUUAGUUCUCCCCAGCCCUCUACUGUACCCCAGGCCUUUUAUAUCAUGGACUGGUAUGGGUGAGCAGAGGGGAGAGCCUAGCUGAGGAGGAGAGCAGGUCUGAGGGAUAGAUUGGGCUCUGUCCUGCACCUGACCUUGGUUUCCGCAUCUGUCAAGUGGAGUUGAUGAUCACAGUUAUCUCUUACUUCAUGGGCUGUCAGUAGCCAGUGGUGUGGACAGUGAAACGGGAGCUUGGGGAGGCUGAGUAAGUUGCUCAAGGGCACAUGGUGGUGGAGCUGUCACUGAACCCAUGUCUGAGCAACCCCAGAGCCCUCCUUCCCUGGUGGGAUGCUCUGGCCAUCAGCAGCACAUGGAGAUUCUGCAGGACCCUUCUCUUCCAACUCUCCACUUCUUUCUUUCCCAGCUAGGGACUCUGCUGCUUGGGCUGGGGCACUGUCAAGGAAGCCAGCAACUCAUGGCCCUCUAUCAGAAGCUUUCACCAUUAAGAUGCAUGCACAAAGACGGGAUGACAGAAGCUUCCCCUUUGAAGUCAAUUAAGAGAGAUAAAUGUCAGCCUUAUCACCAUAAAAAGGGCAGGUCUUGUUUGAGGAAGCACUGCGAGGUCCAUGUGGCCUGAAAAUAGUCAAGGAGUUCUCCUUGCAGGUGCAUUUAGGUGCAUUUAUGGAGCAGUAGGGAGAACUGUGUGAGCCCUGCAGGGCCCUACCGUGCUCAGCUGGACCAGGGCGCAUGUGACAUGCCAUGCACAUCUGGAAGGCACGAGGCUGACACUUCUUGCCUCACCAGCCCCCAUAUUGUAUCUCUAGUUCUUGUAAGUAAAAUAAUCACUGCCAUUUUUUGGAGCCCUUCUAUCCACGGAUACAAACCAGGCUAAGUGUUUCAUAUACAUUCUCACACCAGCCUGGUUGGUGAACUGUUAGGAUCCAUGUUUCACCAAAAAGAAAGGGAACAGAGGUGGUCAGAGGUUGAGAGACUACCAAUUGGUAAAUGCAGGGCUGUGCUUCCACUCUGACCAACCCCUAAAACCACACUGUUAAGCCAGUUCUAGCCCUGCUCCCUGUGUACUCUCUCUAGCUUGUCAGUUGAUUCCUCAUAUUUCACUGGAUGAUUUUGCAGUGCAGAAGCCCAAAGGCUUCUUUAAGCCUGUUGAGCAAAUCACUGGGAUCUAAGAAACAUGCCACAUCCUGUGACCAUAUUAUAAAAGGUAAACAAACGCACUUUACAUUUUGGGCAGGUUGGACACCACAGUGAAGGAGUUGGGCUGUUAUCACAGGUAUACUCCAUUUCCUUGAUAGGACAGUGUCCUUAAAAUUUGCAGUUUUAACUUACUUCCUGUGAACUCUGGGCUCACAGUUAACUGUUUUUCUAUAUUCCAGGCAUAUCACAUUAGAGUAGGCUCACCUAAGGAUAAAAGCAGUUUGGAGAUUUUAAAAAUAGUUUUAUUUCUUAGUCGUGAAAAUCAUAUGCUGUUUAAUAUAUGUGUGUUGAAUAUGCACGUGUGUGGCAGUUAUUGGAUAAUUUCAUUUUUAAACACACAGACCUACCAAA